GCCGGCUUCGAAAUAACAGUGCACGGUGAAGUGUUAACGGAAACAAGCGCAACCAUGGAUCAAAAUGCGAGCAACAGUCUGCUUACACUUGAUAAUUUCCCGCCAAGUUCGGCGAAAUUGGUUCAACCACUGAUGGGCCACUUUCCCGAAAUAGCGUUCCCCCGUGAUCGCAUAUCCGACGACAUGCAGAAUGCUGCGUCCAGCAAACUGUUACCGGUCACCGAAACACUAGCGAAGCGCGUCAUCAACGCAUACAUGGAGCGCGGUCUGCUUGAGGGCCUGCUCGUAGCGCAACAGUCGGAGUACUUGGUGGUGUCGGCAGUGGCCCGCAAACUCCUGUCGUUCGGCAACUGGAUUGGUGCAUUUUGGCCAUCGGGCCCAUCCGAGACAGCAAUGAACCUGUUCGUGAAGCACUCGCAAACACGCAACUGGUCCCAGAGUGUGAUCCGCAGUCUUGCCUUUCACCCGCGAAUCUUUAAGCUUGCCGUCGCCACCGUCAACGAUACGAUCUGCAUAUACACGCUGGACGCGGAAGUGACACCGAUCCUGAAGAGCGACCAACAGGAGUCGAUUACUUGCCUUGCCUGGCGCCCGAACUCGGCCGGCGAGCUGGCCGUCGGCUGCGAGACCGGUGUGCUGCUGUGGACCGUCGAUCCGACCAGCCAGUUCUCGCGUCCGCUCAUUCCACCGAUCGCAUUGCGGCAUAGCGGUAACAAGCACAGCCCGGUGUCGUCCAUUAGCUGGAGCGACAACGGCAACCUGCUGCUAACGGCCAGCAUUAGCGACUCCCGGGUGUACGUUUGGUCCCCAGACUAUCAUCGGUAUGAGGAACUCCAUCGCUUUAACAGGCCGUGCGCGUUGGUUGGCUUCGGACCCACUGGCGCGCAACUGAUAGUGUCGACCAUAGGGCAGCAGUUUUACAUCGGUAGCCUCCAGGGCCGGUACAUGCAUACGUGCUGGCAAAUAAGACGCGGCUCGAUACAGUCGCUGGUUUGGUCGCAGAAUGAGCAUCACCUGCUCUACGUCACAACGGAGGAUCAGGAACUCUUCCACAUACAGUUCGACGUAACAAAACCCGGUAACAACGGAAAAGUUUGUGCCUUGGUGGACCUUAAGCGAACGAAAACUGACGACGGGUUGAUAAUCGGAGGCAAUCCACAGUCCAUUGCCUGGUGCAAGCGAAACAUGGUGUUGGCGAUCGCGUUUAAAGAUACGGCUGUGAUAACCGUUUUCUUCACCCAAAUCGAACGGCAACAGUUCUCCAUCAAUCCGUACUGUUUGAUCACUGGCGUCGGCCUGAGCUAUCCGUCUUGCAUGGUGUUUCAGGAAAACUAUGCCGACCAGCAGGGAAAGCCGGCCCAAUCGGUCCUUACGGUCGGCUGGUCGUCAGGGACUAUUUCGUACUACCAAAUGAAAGGGCAUAGUGUAGAGUACAAAGUGCUGCGACAUUCGACGCCACUACUAGUGAACAAUUCUUUGAAUUGAAACUUGUAUGUCUAAUGGACAUUUUAUAUUAGAAGAAUUAACUUUAUAACACGUACGUCAAAACGUUCAAAUUGUUUCACCAUGUUUCAAAACGGUCAGUUUGUUUCGAUAACCUCAACCUCUAUGGUAUUUGCUGUUGUAAUAAAAACAAAUUAAUUCUUUA